CGGAUCCAAGCAGUUGCCCAUCGGCUAUGCAAGUGGUUCGAGGUUCGGACGGUUAUGAGAGCUUGAAAGUUUGUGAUCUUCAAUAAGUUGAAAGAUGCUUUACCUGCCCUUUAUAUUCUGGAUCACCCUGGAGCUCUUUGUCGGCCUGCAAUGCCAAACAUUUACUGACAAGGUGAAUAAAUGUCAUUAUGGAGAUGGCAAGUGCCUGGCAGAGUCGGCCAAUGCUUUGAUUCGUAAUUAUCCCAAGGGCAUACCCGAGAUCAAUCUGAAGCCCUUCGAUGUAGUGACAGUAAAGGAUUGGGUGCUGGUCAAUGACUCGCGAGUGGGCGGUGCCUGGUACUACUUCCAGCUAUUCAAUCAGGUAAACCUUGGCUUCGAGAACACCACAAUCACAGAGAUCAAGGGCUUCGAUCGGGAUCCCACCAAAUCCAAGAUAGAGAUUCAUGGCAAGAUACCCAGACUGGUGUACAAGGGCAAAUACCACGCCAAGGGUCGGAUGCUCUGGUUUGUGGAUAUCAAUUCCAAGGGUGACUCGAGUUCGGAUUUCCUCAACUUUCGCUUCGAUCUGACGCUGAAAGUGCGCACCGAAUACAGGAACAAUAAGCGAUACAUGAAAAUAUAUGAGGUGGUACCCAACCUACGACUGGAUCGCUGGAUCAUGUGGAUGGAUGAUUUCUUUCCCGAUAACUUUGAUAUGACCAUAGCUAUUAAUAAUCUAUUCAAUCGGAAUUGGGUCGAGUUCUGGAACGAAUUAGAGCCGAGAAUCCUGCUUCUGUUCGAAACGGUGUUCCUGAGCAUGUUUGAAGAUCUGUUCUACAACAUACCAUACGAUGAUCUCUUCCUAGCCGAUUCGGAGUUCAAUUAGCCAUUAAGAUAUCGGAUGUAGAAUUCUCUAUGCAUUUAUUUGUGCAUUCAAGUAUUAAAGUAUUAAAGCAAGAGGAAAAUGUGUGAAGAAUUCUAUCCAAA